AUGGGCAUGUCUGCGAUUUGUUUUGUUGUCACCUUGACCCUUCUGUUAUUGUUGCGGAUCAUUUUGCCCCCAUGGAAUUAUCCAAAAAACAUACCAACGAUUCCGUUUUACGUCACCUUAUUACCUUUACUAUUCGAUGUUGAUCAGAAAGACAUUUUUGAACUUUACCUUCGAGAACCUCUCGAGAAAUAUGGUGCAGUGAAACUUUUUUUUGGUUCACGCUGGAACAUUGUCGUUUCACGUCCUGAGUUACUGGCUCAGAUGUUCAAAGAUGAAGACACUUUUGCAAAAAGCGGGAAUCAUAUCAAGAUUCCCUAUGGUGUCAUAUCAGCAUACACUGGCGAGAACGUUAUAUCCGCGCAUGGUGCAAUCUGGAGAUGUUUCCGUAAAACGAUCACUCCCGGACUCCAGUUCUUUGAUCACGAACCGAUGGUGAAGAAUGCUCAGCUCUUCUGCGCACUCGUCGACAAACAAUUGGACGUUUCCACCCCGGAGCCAGCCAUUUUGUGUAAGGAAGUGAAUGGCACAUCAAACCUAUCAAAUAAUAGCACCAAUGAGGUUGCAAUGCCCGAAUUGAUUCAGAGACUGAGUCUCGCAAAUAUAUCUGAGGUUGCGCUUGGAUUAGAUAUGGGUACUCUCACGAAGCCAAACUCGGAACUUCAUGCUAAAUUAAAAAAUGUGAAAAAGAACAUCUUCAAGUCAUUAUAUUUGAAUUUUCCGAUGCUUGAUCGUCUACCGAUUCCUUCUCGGCAGCUUACCAGGGCGUACGUUGAGGACUUUAGGAAAUGUUUGAUGGAUUCUGUCCGAGACAGCUUGGUUAACAAUUAUAGCUUUGAACAGACCAAGUUUGCUUCAUCGGACCUGAUCCGCAGUUUCAAUCGCUGCGAUAUUACCGAGAAGCAGUUAAUAGAUAACCUGAUUAUUAUCAUGGUGGCUGGGCACGAGAAUCCACAGCUACUUCUCACUACAUUGUUUUAUAUGUUUGCCAAACAUGGAAAAUGGCAAAGCCGGAUUCGGGCGGAAGUGCAAGCUUGCAACUCACAGAAGUUGGAAGAUUUACCGCUGCUGAACAGUUUUAUCUUUGAAUGCAUACGGCUCUAUCCUCCCCUUUCCCAGAUCAUUAAUCGCUGCACUACCAAAAAUUGUAUGCUGGGUAAGGAUGUGAUGAUACCCAAAGGCGUUUACGUCGGAUAUAACAACAUGUCCACUGGCAGAUACACAACUGCUUGGGGUGACACCUGUGACAAAUUUUUGCCUGAACGCUGGGGUGACAAUAUCAACGACAUUAUGAGUGAAUGGAGACAUAGAAAAAACACAUGCGCUAUGAGUGCGUUUCAUGGUGGUCGUCGCGCGUGUUUGGGAGAGAAGCUAGCUUUGAUGGAAGUGCGUAUCACCAUGGCUGCCGUCCUUCAAGACUUUAAAUGGACUUUGGCGCCAGAUUGGGUUGAUAAAGUCACACCCGCAGGCCCAUUGUGCCCGGCAGGCUUGAAGCUAUGUUUUUCCAGACUUUACGCAAGCGAGUGA